CAGUUUACUAAUACGAGUGAACAGAUGACGCUUGUACACUGUAAACGCUGUUAGUCUGCAACCACGGAUGUAAAGGGAAGUGGAAUUUGAUUGUAUCUAUGAUCAACGAUGCUGUUAUCUGGCAAGACAUGUGGAUUAAAAAUAGAAUCAAGAAUCUGCCGAACUCAUUGCCGACUACGAGAUCCCGGAGAAUAGCUUUACUGGUGUUGAUCAUUCUAGUGUUUCUUGUAUACUUUGGACCUUCUCUCUAUGGUGGAUCUCAUGCUAAAGCUACUACAGAGUGCUUGCAAGCUCAAUUACAUCAAUGGGAGUCUGCUUUUAAUAUUUAUGAUGUAUCAAUAAAACAUGAUUUAAACAAGAAGUCUGAAGCUGCAGCACUCCCUUUUGUAGGUAACGGUAAUCUGGGUGUUGUUGUUGGUAGUACGGUGAGUAGCGAUGUAUUACAUAUCCGAUAUCAACACAAUGUACUGUCUUUAGCUGUCCCAUAUGUACCCAUUGCACAACCACAAGUACUUGGACUUUCAACUAAAGAAGCUAGAGUUGUACAUUUCAGAGAGGGACAAGUGUACAGAAUUAUCACACAGUCUCAGAACAGAGAAUGUAUCAGUAUAACACAAAAAGUCUUGGCACAUAGAAGUCGACCAUCAUUGUUAUUACAACAAAUCACAGUGGAAAAUGGAGCUAGUUUUGCUGCCAAGCUGAGUAUUACUGUACCUGGUGCCUAUGGAUGGAAAGAUGUGGCUACAAAAGAAAGUUCAGAUUCCUCUGUACCUCCUUUCACUCUGACAUCAGGGAUUGUGAAAGCGCCCUCUACAGACAAGACAGAAGAAUAUGUUUUGGUUUCCAUAGCAACUUCCAGCUUACCACAGGCAAUUGAAGUACAGCCAAAAGAUUCACACACUGAAUGGGUUCUAUCCGUGGUACAUUAUUCAGCUCCAGGGCCAUAUAGUGAAAUGUACAUGGAACUACAUAGAAAGCUUGACCAACAAGCAAAACAGGAAAUGAUUCAUUUGUUGUCUACCUACGGCCGUGAUUUAAGUCCACUUGCUGAUGAACACCUUAGUCAGUGGAAACAGCUAUGGAAUAGUGGUUCCGGGCAGGAAAUAUACACAGAUGUUCAGAUCAGUAAACCGACACCGGAUAUUAUGAACGCUACCAUGUAUUAUAUACUGUCAUCAGUACAGUCACCAGUUAUGAGUGAUGAGAAAUCUUCUGAACAGUCACAGCAGCUACAAGAAUAUGGUUGUUAUAGUGGACCACCAACCUGGUUAGACGAGGAUUACUGGCAGCAGGUUUACACAGAGCAGGAGUUAGCUGACCUAGUCAAGCUAUGGAUUCAUACACUAUUCAAAAAUGGAUGCACAAGUCAACUAACAGCUGGUGCUUAUGGUGUGAUGCAGGCAGUGCUACUGAGUCUGCUCGGUAUCAAGCAAACAGAGACAUAUCUGGCCAUUAAUUCUGAUCCACGAUUAUUUAAACAUGAUUUAUAUCUGAAUAAUAUAAUAUAUAAUGAUAACUACUUGGAUUUGAAUAUCCUGACUAACAGUAAAGCAAUUCGUGUCAGAGUGACACCAAAAAAAGAUAUGGAUGAGAAUGGGAAGAGGAAACAUACGUUACUGUAUGCAUGUGACGCAGGGUGUCCCAAUGACCCAAUCCCACUAGGACGUAAAUCUCAAGUUUUCACUUUGAAAUAUACUGAGCCGCAGUCAUCAUUUUUGUACAUAGCUGAAAAACCAAACCAUCUGGUAGAUUUACGAAAAUUCUUGCAUAUUAAAACUAUUAAACAUGUGUCAUUGCCGCAGCCUCCACCUCAUACUACUGUCAGGCUGCCGACCAUCUUCUGGGUGACUGUGGUUAUUUUGAUUGUCUCAUUCCAUUUAUUUUUAUUUAAAUUAAUUUUUAAUGAAUUCUGCUCAGGACAAGACAAAUUCCGUGAUCCAAGACCAUAGCAAGGGAGGGCAGAGGGUAUGCGUAUUGAUGUGUCUGAACUGAACAUGAUUAAAAACACAUCCAAUCUGUGUUUUAACUGCUUUUCAAUACUGUAAGAACAAAAUUGUUUGGAAAGUAAUGAUCAUGUCUUAAGGUACAUGGUCAGUGAUUAGCUUCUGCAAACAGUAUCAAUACAUAUCGUUGACUUUCAGAGAGCUUCAUUAAAAAAUAGAAGGGGUGAGUUAAACGAAACUUUGAAUAUGACAUAUGAUUUUAUAAGUAAUUAAGCAUGUUACAAGCAUGGAUGCAAAGAAUCAAGUGAUUCUGAAGAUAAAUGCUGUUACUGAAUAGCCAUCUAAAGUAGAUGAAAAUUAUCUGUCUUAGUUUUGGUGUGCAUGUUUUUAAUUUAUCAUUGCUACAGUGUAUGAUCUAAUGUAUCAUUGCAAUUACUGACCGUGUACCUUAAUGUGGCCAUUCACGUCAUAUAAAACUCAAGUUAUCUCUCCCCAAGUUAGUGAAAAAUAACACAUUAAUUGCAAUGUUAAUACUGGCAUAUAUACCACUAAAGUGAGGUAUGAACUGUAAGCAAUAUAUACCGAUAAGACUUACAGAAGUGUCAAAGAUCAAUGUUUGUCUACUGCAGUAAUUCUUGAGGCUGUGUACUGGAUUGUAAAUUUCUUUUACAACUAACUUUAUUUUUAAGUUAUUUUCAUUUUUUUGAAUUCUUGGUUUGUUUGUAUAUUAUUUGUUAACAAGUUUCCCAAAUACACUGACAUAUGUUUAAUAGAUAGAUUAGACGAUGAUGUGAUGUCAAUCAUGUUUGAUUUUGUCAUUGCAUAGUUUACCUGUAUAAAAAUGUCUUAUCCUCCACUGGUAUUGAUUAAUGUAUUGUUUAAACUGCUGGCUAAUCUUCUACCUACAGGAUAAACAUGUGCACUACAAAGUAAUAUGACCAUUUGCAUAAUUUUUAAAUCGAUUGAAAUUCUAUCAGCUGAUUGGUAGUUUUUGACACAUGACAAUGGCUUCUUCAUUUUUCUGGUGUGGCAACUAUAUUUCUGUCAUAGAGUAGUUUUAUACAAACAAUUAAUUUAUAUUUAUUGUAUUUUGACAAUUUAUUUUUGACAGUUGUGCUAGUGGAAACAUACACAUAUUGCCAGCUGGAAACAUCUACGGAUUGUCAAAAUGAAUCUGAAAAACUGGCAUCGGCAGGCAAUGUUUGUGUUUCAUUAAUGUUAUUAUGUAUAUUGCAAUAAAUGUGGUAGGGACAUUCAUGUUUUGAAAUAAAAGAGAAGUUAUAAUAUGUGGGUCUUUAAAAUGAAUUAAAUGAAAAACCAAAUGCUUGAUAAA